AUGGCGAACAGCUUCCAUAUGCGAACAGUUGUUGCAACAGCUUCAAUCUCAAAAUUGUCUAAUGACAAGAUUAACGAAGCAGUUUCGAGUCUUGUCUUUGCCUCCGCGAGUUGUGGACAAGAACUACGUGAACUGGUUAGCAUUAAAGAGCUGUUUUCUCAACGUUACGGUCAAAGCUAUGUAACAAGUGCUCUUCAGCUCCGCCCUGGGAAUCUUGUUAACCUCCAGAUCAAAGAGAAUUUGUCAGAAAGUUCGGUGUCCGAAGAUGUGAAGUUUAGGCUAUUGGAUGAGAUAGCCAAGGAUUAUGUUCACCGCUUAGAAGUAUUGAGGCUAAAAUAUACGUCGGAGAUUGGUAAACAGAAAGAGGAGAAAGAGAAGAAAGUAAUGGAUUCGGAUUUGCAUAGUUGCUCCGAUGAGCAAUCACCAGACGAAGUUUACAAAUCUAGCCUGUCGGAUUUUGAAGAAGAGAUAAGCGAGGAAGAGACAUCAGUACUGGAGGAUGAUUACAUAGAAGAGGCUCAAACGCAAAAAAGGACUCAUCAAAGAAGAAGAAGGUCAUCAAAGAAGGAAGGACAAGAGGAUAGACAAAAGGCAGUAACUAAUCAAGACGUUCAUCAUCCUGAUUACGACCAGAUGAAAAAUCAGAUUAAGGCCGUGAAGGCAAAAGAAGAGGAAGAACUACUAGUUCAACCAAGGCUUCCUGAUGAAGACCAGAUGGUAAAUCAGAUUAAGGCCGUUAAGGCAAAAGACGAAGAACAACGAAGAUUAGCUACUCGACACGUUCAUCCUAAGCUUCCUGAUUAG